CUUCCGUCACGUUGCAUGCUGGGAGAUGUUUCGCCGCCCUGGCAACAAGCUGAAGAAAUAAAAAACAUCCGCCCCGUCUGCAUCAGCACCAGCUGCUCCUGUCCGAGAGGAACGGCUUCUGAUGACGGAUUUAUUUCUCUUCUGAAGAAAAUGGACAGUGUACAAGCAGGAGACCCUCGUUACCUGAAGAGGAGAGUGAAGAGCUGCAGUCUGGACGUCCACCCGACUGAGAAAGCACUCGUCGUCCAUUAUGAGGUGGAGGCGACCAUCUUGGGGGAGCUGGGAGAAGCGAUGAUCGGAGAACGCAAAGAAUGUCAGAAAAUUAUUCGCCUGAAAAGCUUGAACGCCCACACUGAUACGUCCUCUUUGGCCCGGAAAGUCGUGGAGGAAUGUCGACUGAUUCACCCGUCGAAGCUCCGCGAGGUGGAGCAGCUGCUUUUCUAUUUGCAGAAACGGAAAGAUUCAAACGACAACCAGGAGAAGAAACGAAUCUCGCCGAGAGACUUCACACCUUACGCAGGAGUGGAGCUGGACGAGGAGGCGAGCAUCAACCGCAUCGAUGAGUAUGUGGAGCUGCUGUAUGAAGACGUCCAGGAGAAGAUCAGAGGAGCUACACUCAUCUUCCAACUGGCUCGGAACCCAGACAACCUGGAGGAACUCAUACAGAACGAGGCAGCUCUCGGAGCUCUGGCCAGAGUUUUGAGGGAGGACUGGAAGCAGAGCGUGGACCUGGCAACAACCAUCACGUACAUCUUCUUCUGCUUCUCCAGUUUCUCCCAGUUUCACGGCCUGGUCACACAUUUUAAGAUUGGGGCCCUGUGUAUGAACAUCAUUGAGCAUGAGCUGAAGAGGUAUGACCUCUGGCAAGACGAGCUGCAGAAGAAGAAGAAGGCCUAUGAAGAAUUCUCUGACAACCAAAACCUGAAGAAGGAACAUGAGAAGUCGCUCAGAAAGUACCAGAGCCUUCUGAUGAAGCAGGAGCAGCUUCUCCGAGUUGCUCUGUGUCUGCUGCUGAACCUGGCUGAAGACACUCGCACAGAGCUGAAGAUGAGGAACAAAAACAUCGUCCACAUGCUGGUGAAGAUCCUGGACAGGGAGGACGAGGAGCUGCUGCUGGUGGUCGUCUCCUUCCUCAAGAAGCUUUCCAUCUUCCUGGAGAACAAGAACGACAUGGCUGAAACUUUGGCCGUGGAGAAGUUGGCUCGGCUGCUUCCCUGCGAGCACGAGGAGCUCCAGAGCACCACCCUGCGCCUCCUGCUCAACCUCUCCUUCGACACGUCGCUGCGCAGCCAGAUGGUUCAGGCAGGACUCGUCCCCAAACUCUCCUCACUGCUCGCUGACGAGGCCCAGAGACAGCUCAGCAUGUGCAUUCUGUACCACAUCAGCAUGGACGACAGAUUCAAGUCCAUGUUUGCCGACACAGACUGCAUACCGCAGCUGAUGAGGAUGGUGUUCGACUGCGGGGAGGAGAAGAUGGAUGUUGAGCUCAUCUCACUCUGCAUCAACCUGGCUGCUAACAAGAGUGACGCCCAGGUCAUCUGUGAAGGUAACGGUCUGAAGAUGCUGAUGAAGCGCGCACUGAAGCUGAAGGAUGUUUUGGUGAUGAAGAUGAUCAGAAAUCUUUCUCAGCACAACGGACCCACCAAGAGCCUCUUCCUGGACCACGUCGGUGAUCUGGCCGCUCAGAUCACUGAGGACGAGGCUGAGGAGUUUGUGAUCGAGUGUCUGGGAACGCUGGCCAAUCUGACCAUCCCGGACCUGGACUGGGCUCUGGUCCUCAAGGAGUACAAACUGGUGCCUUACCUGAAAGACAGACUCAAACCAGGUUCUGCUGAGGAUGACCUCAUUCUGGAGGUGGUGAUCAUGAUUGGCACCGUGUCCGUGGAUGACUCUUGUGCAGCCAUGCUGGCCAAGUCCGGCAUCAUUCCUGCUCUCAUCGAGCUGCUCAAUGCUCAACAAGAGGACGAUGAGUUUGUGUGUCAGAUCGUCUACGUCUUCUACCAGAUGGUCUUUCACAAAGCAACCAGGGACGUCAUCGUCAAAGACACUCAAGCCCCUGCGUACCUGAUCGACCUGAUGCACGAUAACAACGCGGAGAUCCGCAAAGUCUGCAACAACACGCUGGACAUCAUCGCCGAAUACGACGAGGAGUGGGGGAAGAAGAUCCAGACUGAGAAGUUCCGCUGGUACAACGGUCAGUGGCUGGAGAUGGUGGAGAACCGUCAGAUGGAUGAAGGAGAGCCCUUCCCGUUCGGAGAGGACGCAGAAUCCUUCAUCGGGAACGGAGACAUCCUGGAGAGACCCGACCUGUUCUACAGCCCUGACGGGAUCAUCACAGCCGACGGCGCCCUCAGUCCCGAGUUCUACACAGACUUCCAGAGCGGAGAGCUGGGACAGACUGGAUUCAUGAGCAGUGUGUCGGAGCAGUUUGUGGCAGCAGACCGACCCGUCAGCGCCUACGGCUUCCACCCUGACGACCCGUUCUUCUACAACUACAGCACGGCCUCCCGGUAAACCUGGAGCCUCUCGCACACGUGAAUACUGUACAAACACUGUCUUCACUCUGCAGCCGAUUGUGAAGGAAUAAUAUGAACACGUGUUUCAGCUUUAUGUGUCUCACUGCAAGAAUUAUCUUAAUACUACUGACACUAAUUCAGGAUCUCUGCUGAGACCAACUGGAAGUCAUUUCUUCUCGUUUCAACAAGAUUCAAUUUUAGUUUUAUUCUGAAUUUGUAACUUAACACUUGACUUUGCUGAUGUGAUUGAAGAGCACUCGAUAUUAUUCUGUUUUUAAAGAUGAGCUGAGCAGCUGCAUUCAGACUCUGUGAUGUCAUGAACAUUAUUUAAAUCAAAAGAGAACAAGAACUCAUCGAUGUGUUUUAAAUAGUUUCUGGAAACACGACUCAGAGUGAGUUGGGGAUGUUGGGAUAUGCAUUACUUUUAGGGACCAGAAAUAUUCACAUUAAACAAAAUAAAUCCUGAGAUUUGUUGCAGAAUAAGCAGCCGAGUGAAACACUAAAAUGUCCCUGACUGAUUCUGAGUAGUUUAUAUUUAAACUUUGUGCUGGUUUGAGUCUUUCAUGCAGAAAAAUCUAAAACAUCAGAUUUCUCCUUCAACAGAGAUGUUUUGUUAAGUGUAUAAAGGCUUCAGUUCACCAGCUUCACCACCUGCACUGUUACACUUUUUGUUUUUCCUUCUGUGAGUAGAAAUAAAAUGUAGACGGUUUAUUUAAAUUCAAGUUUCUGUUCUGGGCAUUUAAGCAAAUUAGUGCAUAUUAAAUUAAAUCAACUGAGGACGUUUCAUGGUGAAGUCUGGUUGGCAACAAUUUAAAUUAAAGAACAAAAAAAAAGUUUGAAGAAAAAAUAAUUUAAACAUUUAGAUUUUUAAAAUUCAGAUUCUGAGGCAGAAACUUUCAAACACUACACAGUCUCUUUAAAUAACUUUUAAACACUAAAACAUGGAGAAAAUGGAUCUUUGAUGGCAGAAUGCCUCAUUUUUACUUAUAAACAUAACAUAUAACAAAGCUGGUUCCACAAAUAAUAAUUAUCUUAAUUUAAGUGAACACCAGGGCAAGUUUUGUGUUUAUAUGUUAUUUAUUUUUUCCCUUUUCAUCUGUGGUGUCUCCCCUUCAGGCUUGAAGAGAACAAAGUAUGAAAAAAUGAGAGAAACACUUUCUGUCUGAUCCCUUUAAUCAUUCUGAGACGCUACAUGCUUCAGAUAAUUAUACGUCAGGAUGAACACUUUGUGUCACUGAACGUUCUCAAGUAUUUACUGGGAUAUUUGUUGGAAAUAGGUAUGAUUUAACUAUGGAAUUUGGUGCUUAUUAUUAUUAUUAUUAUUAUUGUUACUGUUACUGUUAUUGUUAUUAUUAGUAGUAUUAUCAGGAAAAUACUGUCGACAGAAAGUUCUGUUGGUACAAUUUAAAUGUAAUUAAUACCAAUUAAUUGCUUGUAUAACGUGGCAUCUUUUAAUCAGUAGAGGACUGAAACUACAAAAAGAAAGAAAGAAAAGAAAACAUUGCACCAUAAAAUAAGAAUUAGAAAUAAUUGUAGACAUUAAUUUAUAAGAUGUCAUAAAAGCAUAAAUUAUAUUUUACUUUGCUUCUGUAUUAAAUCUCUAUUGUUUUUAAUCUUACUAUGCAUUUUACUUUUUUUUUAUUGAUUCGUUAUUAUUUGGCAAAAUCCAAAGGUAACAGAAAAUAAAUAUGUAAGAAAAUACAUUUAAAAGUGAAUUAAUAAAAUAUUAAGUUAAAUGUUACAGUGAAUAAAUAUGGAAAUUAAUACAACAGUUAAUCAGUUUAAUACAGAAAUGCCAAUUUAGUCAUGAUUUAUAAAUAAAUCAGUGGCUACAUGUAUUUUAUUGUAUUUUCUGUGUAUUUAAUAUCAGUUUCAUAUUUGCUGAGAUGUUUAUUUAUUUCUGAUUCUGGCAGUAUCAGUUGUGAAACUUCUACAGGAAAGCAAACAAUCCAACAUGUACAACAAAAACAGCUCCCAGUAACAACUGAACUGUUACUAAAUAUUUAUUUUGGUUUAAUUGGUUUAAUUUCUUUCAUGGAAGCCAAAGUGGGAAUGCUUCAAUAACUGAGACAACUGUCUUUAUUUCCUUGUAAUAAAUACUAAAUGACACACUUCUGUCAGGAAACGUCGCCGAAAAUUACAGACCAAAACUGAAAAGUGACCAUUAUUAUGUUUUUGCUGUUUUUUUUCCUUCUACACUGGAAGCUCUGCAGUCGACUGUGUGAAAUCUCGUCCCUGGAUUAAGAUGUCGUUUAUCUUUAUAUCUGUGAAUGUAAUUUAAGAAGAAAUGUUAACAGCCUUUAUCUUGAAAAAUGUGUUUUAAAUAUGAACAAAUGUUAAAGAGAAUCUGCUGCAGCUUUUUUUUUUAUAUCCUCGUCCUUGAUGUGCCUGGAGCGCCGCUCGCCUGCUGAAAUAUGAGCUACUUUUUUUUCUGUGGUGCAAUAUAUCAAAUAAAUGGAAGGAAUAUUACUGAA